GUUGCUCUCACACAGUCAGUUUAAGUCUCAUCAAGAUCAUAAGCACUCGUACAGGGACGUGAACGGUCUUAUCUGAUUCUACAAUUAACCUAUCUUUGUAUUAAGUGCAAACAUCUGAGCUGAUUUAUAACUAUGGAGGGAAACAGAACUGUGAACUUCAGAGAUGUUGCAGAGCACUAUUUCUCAGAUACGAGGGUGGACUGUCGCUACACUAUAAGUAGUCAACACGAUUGGAGCAGUCAUGACUGGAUAGGUCUAUUUAAGGAGGGAUGGCUGACAGUGAAAGAUUACCACACGUUUGCCUGGGCUCUAGCACCUGAAGGGUACCAAACCGGAACAGAUGCCAACUGCAGUGUGGCCUUUUACUCAUCUUAUCUACCAAAACCCGGUGGGGAGGCGUAUCAGUUUGUGUAUGUGGAUGAACAUGGUGAGGUAUCUGCAGUCAGUUCUCCAUUUUCUUUCUGUGCUCCAAGACCUCUGGAUGAACUUGUUACGCUAGAGCAGGAGAAAAACGGCGAGGAAGACGAGGAUGGAGACGACCUCCUGAUGGUGGUGCCGAAGGCUCUGGUCCUACAGAGUCUCUUAGAAGGAUGUCAGCGUGAUUUACAUGAGUUGCAUAAGAGGUUUGAGACUGCAGAUGUUGAGGUGGAGAGACAGAGGGAGAAAUGGAUGACGGACAGAGAUGAGUUUGAAAGAGUACGACAUAAGAUGACGAGUCAGAUUGACGAGUUAAAAGACAACCUGAGGCAAAGCACUGAAAAAAUUGAGGAACUGGAGCAAAAACAAAAGAAAAGCAAAAACAAAACCACCAUUUACCAUCAGGAUGUGCAGAACACCCAUGAAAGCAUGUCUGCUGAACUCAAUGGACUACUAGCAGAGAGAGCUGAAAACCAUCAGCGGAUCAGAGAACUCGAACAGGAGAUUGCCAUUCUGACUCCACAAAAACAGGACAUAGAGGCCGAGCUGGACAGAAUGAAGGAAAGAGUUAAAAAGAUGACCAUACAAAGGCGAGAUGAAGAAAAGGAGAAGAAGGAUUUGCAGAUUGAGAAUGAGCAGACACACACAGAUCUGCGGACCCUACAGGAACGUCUGGAGGCCAGUGAGCGCAGCAACGAUGCCCUUCGCAGGGAUCUGAGUGAACUGGGAUCCAUGCAGAGCCACAGCCAUGCGGAGUUGCACCAGGUCCGACUGCAGUCAGCACAGAUCAGUGUACAACUGUCCCAGGCCAACCUGGCUCUGCGUGAGGGACAAGCCGUCUGGGCUCAGGAGAAAGAGGCUCUGAGACACAGUGCUGAGCUGGAUAAGGAUCGAGUCCAGAAACUGAGCCGCGAGCUUCAGAAGAAGGAAGAGUGGCUCCAGGAGGAGAGAACAGAGCGAGAGAAACUGGAAGUGGAGCUUGGGAAUGAGAAGGAUUGCAACCGGGAACUGAGAGCCAGUCUGAAAGCCCUGCAGAAGGAGCAAGAGCAACAUCAGCUGGAGAAACAGGAGCUCUUAGAUCACAUCCGUGUGCUGGAACUGAGACUGGACACUGAGACAGAUGCCAUGUGGAUGGAGGCAGCGGCUUCACCAACACCUUGCAUUGAUAGUCCUCCAUCUACUGAAGGCAAGCCCCAACAACAGUCUUUACCCGAGCUGUCUUUAAGUGUGCUAGACAUUGAACUGUUCAGCUCUCAUGGGUCAACAGAGCAAAGCCAAAAGGAUAAUGAGGACGAUAUGAAGUGGUCUUACUGACGCCCCCUUGAGGUGAACCAGAGGUGGACGGAAGAAACCUGUGUUUACAUCAGCGCAUGAAGAUCAUGUGCUCCUGAUCAGUGUGGAAUAUCAGGAGAGUUUUCUGAGCUGGCUUAUUAUGGGAUUUAAUAGAUGCUAAGAGUGCCGUCUGUAGUGUGAAAGUGUCUGUCUGUAUGAGUCUCCAUUAAGAGGAAGCUGUAUGUCUAGAUAUGCCAUAUAGCACGUUCAGCAUGAAAAUCAUUUCCGUAUGACAAAGAAAUUCCAUUACAGAGUGCUAUAAUAAAAAGUUUCUAUUUUAAAUAAUGGGAAUGAACUGUUAUAUAUGUUUUAUGCAGCAGAAAUUAGUCUUUUUGGAUUUUGAGGGAGCAAGUGGAGUGUUUCUGAACAGAUGAGUUGAUAGAGAGGGAAAGAUAUGACUGAUUCUCUACACAGGAGACAGUUUAGCUUUUGAUUUCACUCGAGUUUUCUCUGUUAAGAAUGUGAUCUCUUUGUUUGGAUAGGUGUGCUGGUUGUGGGUUGGUUCUUCUGUAUUACCUGACAAUUACACAAGUGCAUUUAAAUGAUCAGUUCUCCAUUUUAGAUUUUAUUUAUUAAAUAAACACUUUAUCUUAAGAGUU